GGGAAUAGUACAUGAUCUGCAGAACGAUCUCAGAGAGUCAUUUCCUUCGAAGACGUAAACAAUCUCAACGUCAUCCCCAGUGAUUACAAAAGAGUAUGUAGGGCAGACAACCCUUAAAAUAAGAGGAUGCGAAGCAGUCUCAUGCGUGCAGCAAAGCCUUUUGUAUUGAAGCUUUUCCUUUCGAACAAAUACACGUACGCUCAGGUCAUUCGCAGAGCAGAUGGCAACGUUUUAGCGGCAGCGUCCACCAUUGAAAAGGAUCUUCGAAAGGAUCUCCCUUCUACCUCAGAUAAACCUGCUUCAGCGCUUGUUGGAAAGCUCCUUGCAGAGAGGGCACAGCAAGCUGGCAUCAGCGCCGUGCAUUGGGAGCGCAAGUACGGACAGAAGUACCAUGGCAAAGUGAAGGAGCUCCUUGCGAGCAUGCAGGAGGCCGGCCUGCCUUUGAACUGAACAGGGCACAACUAAAUCUGAUGGCAAGCGAAUAGCACUGAAAUUUGAACACGUGCACCCCGCCAGAACAAGGAGCAAUAUCGUGCUGGAUGCUGUCCGCGUUGCAGGCUGAGACUCUGUGCGCCACAGUGUCACAGGCUGGACUAGUUGAGGUGUAAAGGCUGUGCUGCAGCCCUCGAACAUAUUGCUCCUGUGGGCGGGUCAAUCCAGCCAGUGUGUGCAAGGGGUCAAUGGCUGUGGCUCAUACUGUGGAAAGAACCUGAGGUCACAUUCAGCGUGGGCGAGUUGGAACGCAGAUUAUCCAUUAGAGCCACAUUAUUUGUGAGUUUUUGACUUGAGAGAUGUAUGCCAAAUAUCAUUUGACAUGCUCCAAGACUGUAGCUACUGUGCAUGCAAAAGAAUUUCAUCCCAGGCAGCUGUGCGCAUGUCAUGUGUACAGUGUACCUGACUCAGCAGCAGCUGCAGUGCACGCUGUAAAGCCAAGUGUUGAUC